AUGGACAUGGACACGGAUGCAGAUGGUGCGGUUUUAGAUCACCGCAACGCUGAGCAAGGCGGUCGUCUAACCUCGAACCUCCGCUCAUGCAUCAGUUGCAACCGCAAAAAGAUUCGAUGCGACAAGAAACUCCCAUGUACAGCAUGCACUCGGUCAGAUAAGCAAUGCUAUUACCCGCCUGCAGGUCCCAGGACCAGGAGGACCAAGAUGACCAUGAUGGAGGAGAUGGCAUCGCGGGUCUCCAGCCUUGAGAAGUCUCUCACGAUUGCACGAAAUCAAGCCUCAUCUGCAGCAACGUCAAGUGCGCCGGCUUCCGACAGCACAGUCACCACUCCUGGUAUGCACUCUUCGGCGUCUAGGGGAAUGACAAGGGAUGAUAUUCUUGUCCACAAGGGGUCAUCUAGUCAGUAUUUCAAUGAGAUUCUCUUAUCAAGGGUCCUGGAAGAGGAACAACACAUUGGUUCUGCCCUGACAGCCCAAGCUACAGCGACAACUCCUCGUACUGAGCACCCAUCAAUCUCUCCGUUCAGUCCACUUGGUAUAAUUUCGUCUCCUUUUUUUGCGCAAACACCAACCACCUUCCACCCGCCCAAACUAGUGGCUAUGAAAUUAUGGAAUGUCUACCUCAACAACGUAGAUUGUCAUGCUUGUCAAAAGUUGCUGCAUAUUCCUACCGAUGAGGCCAGGGUGUUUUUAGCCAUCGACAAACCGAACGAAUCGCCUUUGGAGAACCAUGCGCUUUGUUUUGCCAUCUACUAUUGUGCGUUGGUAGCUCUCGACGACACAGAAGCUUAUGCAAUUUUAGGGGGCGAAAGAGCUCCUCAUCUUCUCAAUUUCAAGGUUGGUUUAGAACAAGCCCUCGCACAAGCUGACUAUCUAGAUCGACCAACCGUGACAUCACUUCGUGCAUUGGCAAUAUAUCUGGCAGCACUUCGUGUCAAUAAUCGGGGCAGGGGUAUCUGGGUACUCAACAGUCUGGCCAUCCGUCUAGCUCAGUCAAUAGGCAUACAUCGGGAUGGUGCUCAGCUAGGCCUGUCACCGUUCCAGUCCGAAAUCCGACGGCGUUUAUGGUGGCAUCUGCUGAGUCGAGACGGCCGUGCAGGGGAAGACUAUGGUCUCCAAAGCACCGAGUAUCUCCUACUGUCGUGCGAUGUCCAAUUGCCUCUGAACGUCGAUGACACGGACCUUUAUCCUGACAUGAAAGAACUCCCGCCAGAAAAGAAAUGUUGGACAGGCAUGACCUUCGACCUAAUCAAUAUCGAAUUGGUCAAGACUGCACAGAGACUGGCCUCCCUCGCUACAUCAUCGUAUUCGUCUCCAGAGUCAGCACCCAGCGAAGAUGUGCGGAAAAGCGUCAUGGAUCAAAGCAGGGAACGCAUCCAAGAGCGCUUGAAAAACUGCAACCCCGUCAUUCCACAGCAGCGCAUGACUCUCUUUUGUGCCUCGUGGCUGCUACGAAAGCUCGACUUCGUCACACGCCAACAGUGGAGCUUGUUACGGCAUCAUUCAAGCCCGCGAAGUGAAGAUUUUGCAACCGAAGAGAACCUUCAAGAAGCCCUCGAGCUCCUGCAGCCGAGAAUUGUCAAAAGCGAUGACUUGCUGAAGCCGUACGCGUGGGCGGCGAAGGCGUACCCGCAGUACCACGUCACAAUGUAUGUGUUGUGGCAUUUGUGCAUCAAGCCUGACGGGCCGAGUACGGAUAGAGCGUGGCGUGCAGUAGAUGCCCUGUUUUCAACGGAGCUGUGGCACGAGACUACGGCUGGGUAUGGACCGAAAUCGGCAGUGCUGGAAGCCCUCAAGUUGAAAGCGUUGUCUCUGAGAAGUAGAAGUCGACAUGGGAACUACUCGAGUACUUCGCAGACUGACUCCAGCGUCGAUCCGUCCAUGAACUCGACCCAUCAAAGCACUUCUGUGCCUGUUAAUGCGAAUCCGACAGACGAGUUCCUCGCCAGCACCCAGGACUUUAGCGAUUUGGGAUUCGAUCUCGAUAGUGAUGACUGGCCGAACUGCGAUACCUUAGUUCAGGGGUACCAGUACGAAGGACAAGGAUCGUUUUCCAGUUUUUACGAAUGA